UGAGCGCACCCCCCGCCGGUUUUGAGGCCGGCCGGCACGCGCAUGCUCUCGGGUAGCUGGUUCUCUCGCUCAUGGAGAGGCCUCGGCUCUUGGGUUUGAAGGCAGAGGAGACGGAAGUUGCUUUGCUUCUUCACCUCCCCUCGGCCCCGGCGGAAACUCCAGCGCUGGAAGAGAGGUUCCGGGGCUGGCCUGGGCCGGAGGCGGCAGAAUGGAGAGCGGGCCCGAGGACGGGGAACUGAGCCGCCGCCCGACGCUGGCCUCCUCCUGGGAUGCCGCCUGCGGAGCCCUGGCCCAGAGCCUCCGUCUCGCCCGGGCUGGUGUCGGCGUCGGGGACUUCGACUGGGAGGAGCUGCUGGCGCCGCCUGCCCCGGGCCGGGGUCUGGUGAUCUUGAGGAGCAGCCUGAACGGCCGAGAUGAAAAGCCCUGCUUCCUUUACCUGAGAUGCGACCCCGGCGGAGGGGAAGAAAUCGUUUCUGUGGGCGUGUUGAGUUCGGCGAGAAACAUGGAAGUGUACUCAGGAGACGAGUACUGGGGAACCGGUCGGGGCGAGCAUGUUUGCAGUGUUCGGGAUGACAGUGAACACGAGAAGAUUAUUUUGUACAAAAAAUAUGUAAAAUUGGAGUCCUCCACACAUGCUUGUAAAAUAAAGUUGCUCUCCUUUGGUGAAAAGCACUUUGUGUUCAUCAGUAAGGUCGUGGUACACCUGAAGCUCGUAUCAGCAAGUUCUGCAACAAGUUCUCCUGCUCUAGGAUCAAGGAUAGACCUUGAGAGGGUCCAAACCAUCAUGGAGUCCAUGGGGUCUAAGUUAUCACCUGGAGCUCAGCAAUUGAUGAAUAUGGUUAGAUUUCAGCAGCAGCAUUGUAUUCCCAUUGGAGAGCAGCGUCAGUCGGUUUUGGGAAAUACUGGAUACAGACGUAUGAUUGACCUACAAUCAUCAUCUACCUCAGGAGCCUUCGCCAAGUCAUCCUCCACGCCUUUUCCUUUUAGAACUGGAUUGACAUCUGGAAACGUGACCGAAAACUUAAAAGCUUACAUUGAUAAAAGUAUGCAGCCACCUGGUGGAGGAAAUAUUACAAACCUCAAAGAGUGUAAAAUUGUGCCACAAAACCAGUCUCUUCUUGAGAAUGAUCUUAAAAAUGCAGUAUCUUCUUUUUUACCAAAGAAAGCAAGUGAGAACUCAAAUACACCUAAGUCUGAGUUGCUGCCUUUUCUCCAGAAUUUGUGUAGUCAAGUUAACCAUCUCCAUGUAGGACAUAACACCAAGUGUCCAGAAGACAUCACCAAACCCAGUGAAGGCAUUGUUGGUGUUGCAAUGGAAGAGCAACCUGUUUGCUCCUACUUGGAAAAGAUUCUUUCUAAAAAUAUGGAACUGAUGGAAAAGAAACUUAUGGACUACAUCGAUCAGCAAAUGUAUAAACUCCAGGAGCACAUAGAUAAUAAGAUUGCCUUGUUAAUGGACUUGCUGCAAAAUCCCAACUCCCCACCCACUGGGAUGCCUCUAAGACAUUAUGACUCUGGAGAAAGACUUUCAAAUGGAGAAAGAUAAGUGCUCAACAUGUACCGUGUACUACAGAUAUUUAUUACAUAUUUAUUACAAAGCCAAAACCCCAGAAAAGUUUAUGAAAAGCAAGUAUUUAAUGUCCUUUGAAGGAUCACCAUUUACUCACAUAAAAUGACCUCUGUGUUCAUUUUCACUGCACUUAUUGUUGAAACCUAGUACUGUACACUAAGAGUUAACAUGACACGGUCAUAAAUUAUUUUAGUUUGCAAUAUUGUUCACUCUUACAGAUAUUUAUGUAUACUUCUGGGUUGUUUAAGUGUUUAAAAUUUUUAAGGAUUUCUAAUGCAGUUCAUUAGUUUGUAAUGUAUAUGUGUUUGAUAGAAGUACAUUUUUUAUUUAUAAAAGACCUUAUAGUCUUGGGGGUAUGAAAAAUAAUGCUUAGAGUAUUUGAUAACUUUUGGUCUAUUGAUUGUUCCUGGAAAAUUGGAUACUUAAGACUUGGAACCUUUAAUUCAGAUCACUAAUUUACAUUUUGUAUUAUUUAGCUCAGAUAAUGAGUAAGCUGUAGUGUUUGGCAUGUGUACAUAUACACUGGGCUGUUACUAUUAUUUGUUUCAGUACAGUAGCAAUAAAUAGGAAAAUAAAAAUCACAACUGGCCAAUUCCUUGUUAGGGUUAUUACUUUAGACUUAGUGUUUGAUGUAAAACGAGAGAAAUCAUCUUGUUUUAACUCAAUAAACCCAGAGAGUAUAACUCUCCUUUUCUGAGCUGAUUCUUAUUUCCAGAGCCCUCUUCUAGUACGUUUAAUGUGUGAGGUGUUGAGGUGCUGCAUUGAAGGAUUAAGGCAUAUGAGUCAAGGAGAGUGCAGUUCUCUCUGGCAGACUUAAUUUUCAGGAAUUAUAACUAUUGUAUAUGUGUUGAAGGGUGAUUUAUUUGCAUCUAAAAAACAAAAGCAUCCACUCUGGAAACUAUUUAAGUAAAUAGAAAUGUUUCAUUUUCAAUGAAUCUUUGCUUAAAAUGUUUUAUUUUACUGCAAAGACGUGUUUCACACUCAUUUAAUCUUUUGGUGAGUUUAUUCUUUAAAAUGAGGGCUAAAUUUGUGUACGCUUUAUUCAUUUUUAUUAUGCUACAAAGUUAACACAAUAUAUGCACCAUGGUUUGACCUCAGUCACUUGAGGAUUUGCUUGUCACUUUUUGUAGUCUUUUCAAAUUUAUGGGGCAUUCACAACAUAUAUGGCUAUAAGAUAUAGUAUUUCCUUUGUCAUUUAGGAGAAAUCUGUCUCACUUCAAGCUGAACCUUUUAGUUAAGUUUUACACCUUCUGGUGUUUGUAGAUUUACAAAAUGCCUAUGAUCAUAACCACAGUCACUUCAUUCAGAGCAAGGACCGUGAAUGAAAAUAGAAGUAGAUGGUUGACACGCUAAUGAUAGUUCCUUCUGCAUGUAUUUGAUGAUGAAAUACUAUAAUUGGGGAACAAGGUCACAAUCAUUUUAAAAAGUAAUAUUUGGCAAUAUGAAAAAUGAUAAAUUUAUGAUUUCUCUACAUAGUCUAUGAAUUUUAUGCAUAUUAUGAUUUUCUUAAAUUGACAUUUGUUAAGUAGAACACAAGGUACCAGAUAGUUUUCCACUUGGCACACCUCGAGGGGCCACAUGAGGAGGUCAAGGCAGGGUGCAGGCAGAGAGAGAGAGGCAGGAUCCUGGGGCACAUGAUUUUAUUAGGGUCCAUGGGUGGAGUGCUUUGGGAUUUCUGGGCUAAGGCUGGAUUGGUUUAUUCAUACCAAAAAGAGUGGGGUUUUGGUAAGCUCCAUGGGGUCUUAUCUAAGGGGCACACAUGGGGAAGGCCCUGGGAAGCGGGGCAGACUAUUUAUCACAAGUCCUGUUGGGAAAGCCAUGUCAGGAACUUAAAAUUACCUAUGACUCUGCAGGCUGUUAUCUAGGGCAUGCGCUUGCAUGUGGAGCUAGUGUCUGAGGUUCCCACAGGCCGCUUAACAAGAUAAAAUGGAUAACAAGGCAGGAAUACCAUGGAUUAGCUUUGCUAAACUCUUGACAAUGCAUUUGUUAAUGUUUAGAAUAAUGCCAGCACAAUAUAGAAGAGCUUUUAUCAAAUAUUUGAAUUAGCUUUGUGUUCACAUUAAAAGUCAAACACAAAAUAUCCCUAAAAGUAUUUUUAUUUCCAAUGGCUGACUUAGUUUGGUUCCUCAAUGUGAAGUAAUAAAUUUAUGAAAUUAAAAUAUAAUAGUCAAAGAGCUAUAUGGGGUCAUUUAUUAAUGGCCACUAUUUUCCCUUGUUGUCCAACUAUAUUUGAUCAACAGGAAAGAUGUAUGAUAUAUCUGUGGUGACGUUCAUUCACACAUUUUCAAAUAUUUUCCAAGUAAUAUCUUAUAAAUACAUUAUACAAGACUUUGUAGUGAAUGUGUUUAACAGUUACUAAGUUUAAUUUUUUUUGCUUGUUUUUUUUUGUUUUUGCCAUGAAAAUAAUUUGUUAUAAACCAGAAUCAUGAUCCUUCAUAGUCAGUGCAAAUUAAAGACAAGGAUCACAGGACUUCUUUUAUACCAGGAUCAUUUUCACCUAGGAUAAAUUCUUAUUAACAGUUUUUACUUCAUUGUGGCUUAUCCUAAAACAAAACCAAAAAACAUCACAAAGAACGAAACCACAAAACCUAUCAAGCUCAGUAUAUUCACUAGCAGGUGCUUGGAUCAUAUGGAGAAAAUGACUCAAAGUAGCCAACAUAUAGUUAUCACCUGAAUGUGUUGACCAUCCCCUCUGUCCCAUGUAACCUCAGAACUCAGGUUCCUGACCUCUAGGAAAUAAGCAGGAUUGUCCUGUGUUAACAUUUCUUCAUUUUAAAAACAACUUUUUUUUUUUUCCCUAAAAGCUAUUGUGUGGGAUGCUGAUUUCUUUUAUUAUUUACUCAUUUAGGAAUUAAAACACAUCACUUUUGAGUCAGUUACCUACUAAUAACAUGUCCGUAAUAAGGAGACAGGAGGAUAUAAUUGUGUUGUUUCUAAAAAUAAGAACAUAAGUCAAAAGCCACAUAGGUAAUAGUGAAUUAUCAGUGUAUAUUCUUGGAGUGGUUUGUAUAUUAUCAACUGGUGGAAAUAAAAAUCAAUGCUGUGCAGGUUUAGUUAAAAAAAAAAAAAACCUUUAAAAGUGGUAUCUUUAUCUUGUUAUCCAUUGAUGGGCACUUUGCUUGUUUCCAAGUCUGGGCUAUUGUGAAUAAUGCUGCAGUGAACAUAGGAGUGCAAAUAUCUUUUCAAAUUAGUGUUUUCAUGUUCUUUGGAUAAAUACCCAGAAGUGGAAUAGCUGGAUCAAAUGGUAGAUUUAUUCUUGGAUAAAGAAGAUGUGGUAUAUGUACACAAUGGAAUACUACUCAGCUAUAAAAAAAGAUGACGUCUUGCCAUUUGCGACAACGUGGAUGGACCUUGAGGGCAUUAUGCUGAGCAAAAUAAGUCAGACAGAGAAAGCCAAAUACCAUAUGAUUUCACUCAUAUGUAGAAGAUAAAAUGACAACAACAAACACAUAGAGAAUAGAUUGGUGGUUACCAAAGAGGGGGAGGCAAAAGGAGUAAAAGGGCACAUGUGUACCAUGACGGAUGGUAAUUAGGCUUUGGGUGGUGAAUAUGAUGUAGUCUACACAGAAAUUGAAAUAUGAUGAUGUACACAUGAAAUUUAUGUAAUGUUAAAAACCAAUGUUACCUCAAUAAGAAAGUGAUAUCUUACUUAGGGCUUUGAUAAAAGCUUUAUUAUAAACCCUUAUACCUAGAGUAUAUAUGCUCAGAAACAACUGUAUUUGAGCAGCAUUUUACGUGCCAUAAUGUGUUCUUAAAUCAUGAAAUAAGUUUUUCUUAUUUGACUUGCCACUUGAACUUGGACUUGUUUUGAGAUCAAUGAGUCCUGUGAUGGAAUCAGUCUUUCCUUUGUAUGAAAUGAUAAGAAAUGUCUCAUUUCCUUCUGGAAACAGUCUUGAUUGCAGCAGGACUGAUGGUCACUACUAUCACAUAUCAAAAACUUAUACUGGAGAUACAGAGCCCAGACUUCUCAAGAAUUAACUCAAAGACACUAAACUGGAAUCUCCCGUAGUGUCUAGAUAUGGGAUUCACCUUACAAGUCUCAUCUUGAUGACAUCUGAAACAGAAAUAUGGUCACAUUAAAAAUAAUAAUAAAGGUUUAAUAUUGAAAAGAGAUGAUUCAAAGUAUUCUUGGACUGAAUUGUUCAGUUUAUGGAUCCAAAAAUCUCUAGAGAGACAAAGGCUUUAGUUCAGACUAAUGUGAGCUGAUACUUUGGAUUUGAUCUCUUGCAAAAUCGCAAAAUUCCCUUUAGCCUAAAUUUCUGAGUCCACAUGAAUGAAUUAGAAAAUUGAUAAUGUAUGUAUUGGAACUCAAAUACCUUUCCUUACCUGCUUGCUAUUAUUAAUGUUUCAAUAUGGUCAUGCAGUUAAAAUCCAUUAGCUUUUAGACAAAAUAAAACUUCUGCUUUAAAAGAAGUAUUCUCCCUCUUUUUUUUUUUUUUUGAAGAAUCCUAUAUAUGUUUUACUGAUGAUGGAUUGAUGACAUUCUGUUUAUUAUCAAAAUAUAGUGCAAAUGAACUGAU